AAAAGAAUAGUUAAGUAAUUUUUUUAAAAAUUCAUAAGAAAUAUACCAACACAAUUCCAAAAUUUAAAAAUAAUCUCGAAAUUAAAAUCGAAUUGUUUUACAAAGAAUAAAGUGCUUGUGUGCGUUAAUUUAAGCAGUUAAUUAAUUUUUCAAAAAAAAAAAAUAAAAAAAAAAAUACAAUAGAGAGAAUAAGAUAUUGCACAGGGACGGACUCCGUUGCCAAUAUUUUAUAUAAAGUGGCCUCAAUAGGCGCCAACACGCUUAAUUUUACUGACUUAGGGAGCCCCUACGAGGGGCCUCCCAGUACUCCUCAAUCCGGCAUGGAUGCACCUGACGCCCCACACACACCUAAAUUUAUGGACGGCGGUAGCACGACCACAUCUGGUGCGGGGGGUGGUGGCGGAGGCGGUGGUGGUGGUGGCGGUGUUGCUGGUAAUCUGCCGGGUAAAUCGGCAUUUGUGGAAUUACAACAACAUGCUGCCGCCGGUUAUGGCGGUAUACGUGGAGGUUAUCAGCAUUUUGCGCCACAAGGUGGUCAAGAUUCGGGUUUUCCCAGUCCACGUAGUGCUUUAGGUUAUCCAUUCCCGCCCAUGCAUCAAAAUACCUAUUCCGGUUAUCAUUUAGGCAGUUAUGCGCCGCCAUGUACGAGUCCACCAAAGGAUGAUUUUGCAGAUUUCUCAAUAUCGGAUAAAUGUGAAGAUUCUGGUCUGCGCGUUAAUGGUAAAGGAAAGAAAAUGCGUAAACCACGUACCAUAUAUAGUUCACUGCAGUUGCAGCAAUUAAAUCGUCGUUUCCAGCGUACACAAUAUUUAGCUUUGCCAGAACGUGCUGAAUUGGCUGCCAGCCUAGGAUUAACGCAAACCCAGGUGAAAAUCUGGUUUCAAAAUCGUCGUUCAAAGUACAAAAAAAUGAUGAAAGCUGCUCAGGGUCCAGGUCAAGGUAGCGGUAUGCCAUUAGGUAGUGCGGGACCAAAUCCAGGUCAACAUAGUCCAAAUCAAAAUAUGCAUAGUGGCGGUAAUAAUGGUGGUGGCUCUAAUAGCGGAUCACCAUCUCAUUAUCUACCUCCUGGACAUAGUCCGACGCCAUCGAGUACACCUGUGUCCGAAUUAUCACCCGAAUUCCCACCCACGGGUCUAAGUCCGCCAACGCAAGCGCCUUGGGAUCAAAAGCCGCAUUGGAUCGACCAUAAACCACCGCAAAUGACACCGCAACCACCUCAUCCCGUAACGCAUCCGCAAACGCAUCAUCAUAAUCCACCGCCACAAAUGGGUGGUUAUGUACCUCAAUACUGGUAUCAACCAGAAACGAAUCCGUCGUUAUUAACGUAGGGUAUGGCCAGCGGUUUAACAGCCUGCAAUACACCAAACCGAUCCUAUAUUUUAUAAAUAAAUUCAUAAAUUUAAAAUUAACAAAAACAACCGGGAAAACUGAAUGAAACGACGCGAUUUAAGAAGAAAAAGUGAAUUUAAUUUAAUAAAAAAGAGAAAAAAAAAUCUUUUAUCCUUUUGCUAGCAAAUAAACGAUAAAUAUAAAUAAGCAAAAUAUAAAUAAAUAAAUAAUAAUAAUAAUAAUAAUGAUAAUAACAAUAUAAUGAGCCCAAUGGAUUGGAUUCUCUUUCUAUCGAUCCUGUACAUUAGUAGGUUUGUGUGUCUUAUACUCUCUCGUGGCACAUAUAUAUGUUGCUGAUUAAUCUCUAUAAAGUAUAGCAUAAACCGAUAUGUACAUGCAUACAUACGUUCAUAAACAUACGAAGCACACAACACACACACAGGCGC